ACAGACGAGACCAAGCAGACUCGGGAGUGAUAUACACGGAAUCAGGACUACGUUAACCUAACGAAGUAGAUCGUCGCUAGAAAAGAAAAUGUUGCGUUAGCCUGCUUACUGAACCUUUUUGGGGGAAACGUUAUGUUAUGAAGCGGUUGCUAGUUAGCUGAAAGUAAAGACGAUCAGUCUAGGAUUGUCUUGACAUCUGGCUAACGUUACAUUAGCUAACGCCGUUUAGUCGAACGUUAAUGCGAGCUAGCGAAACAAAUCAAUCUGGUGUGUUCCAAAUUAGGUCUCCAUUUGUUCUGGCCUCACUUUAUACUGGGAGGAAAAUUGGUUAUAUUUUCCUUGACAACUAAUUUUUUAGCGAUUUAGCCUGCAGCUUGACUAGUGCCGAAAACAACUAUGGCAUCGAUGUUCAUUGGAUGAUGCUGCCAGAAAAUAGUUUCGACUUUUAAGCUAGCUGUCAUCAAGCUCGUUGACGCUAGCCAAGCUAGCCUGCUAACUAGCUAAGCUACAAUGGCCAAAAUAGAAAACGGCCGUCAGUUAGACACAAGAAGUAUCAGGACAAUUAGCAGCAGUCAUAUCGACGAUGAGAGUUCUUUGGGAUCCGACUCUGAGAUCAACGGCUUCACCAGUGACAGACAAACCGAUAAAUAUGGAUUUAUUGGUGGGGCUCAGCAGUACUCGGAGGAGACGGCUCAGGAGGUGCCUCCAGAAGUGCUGAGGCAAAGGGAGGUGAAAUGGCUUGACAUGCUUAGCCACUGGGACAAGUGGAUGGUCAAGAGACACAAUAAGGUGCGACUGCGGUGCCAAAAAGGGAUCCCUCCUGCCCUCCGAGGCCGUGCAUGGCUCUAUCUGUCAGGUGGAAAGGUGAAGAGGGAGCAGAACCAAGGAAAGUUUCAGGAGCUGGACAGCCUGCCGGGGGACCCAAAGUGGCUGGAUGUGAUUGAGAAGGACCUUCAUCGACAGUUUCCCUUCCAUGAAAUGUUUGUGUCACGGGGAGGACAUGGGCAGCAGGACCUGUUCCGUGUUCUCAAGGCUUAUACUCUAUACAGGCCAGAGGAGGGCUACUGUCAGGCUCAGGCUCCCAUUGCUGCUGUGUUGCUAAUGCACAUGCCUGCUGAGGAUGCCUUCUGGGGGCUGGUCCAAAUUUGUGAGAAGUAUCUUCCCGGAUACUAUAGUCCUGGCCUGGAGGCAAUACAGCUGGAUGGAGAAAUCCUGUUUGCGCUUUUGCGUCGUGUCUCUCCCCUCUCCUACCGUCACUUGGAGAAACACAAAAUAGACCCCAUCCUCUAUAUGACUGAGUGGUUCAUGUGUGCCUUCUCCAGAACCCUGCCCUGGGCCUCUGUGCUGCGUGUCUGGGACAUGUUCCUCUGUGAUGGAGUAAAGAUCAUAUUCCGUGUGGGUCUGGUGCUGCUCAAGUGCAUGCUGGGGACCCGUGAAAAGCUGAAGGUCUGCCAGGGCCAGUACGAAACCAUGGAGCUUCUCAGGGCUAUAGAGCCACGCUACAUGCAAGAAGGAUUCCUUGUCCGAGAGAUUCUGGAGGUACCAGUGACUGCACGAGACAUCGAAAGGGAGCAUCACACCCAGCUGAAGCGCUGGAAGAAAAAUCGAGGGGAGCUGAAUUUCAGGUCGCCUCCCAGAAUGCAUGGUGCACGGGUCAUCUUGUUGGCUGAGCCACUCAGGCGCCAGGACCUCCAACAGAAACCCACCAUCAUAGCUGAAGUCCCCAUGCCCCCGCCGUUAUCCAACCCUCAGUUGAAGAAGGAAGAGACGAGCAAGGAGCAGAAGAAGAGCAAAAAGAAAAAGAGCAUAAAGAAAUCCUCCCAGCCGGUUGCGGAGAUCCCUAAUCCUUACCCUCUUCCUAACGUCCCUCAGCACCAGCCCAGAGAUCCACCAGACCAGCCUCCAGUCGUCAGUGAGAUGCCCCAGACAGUGUCACAGACUGUGACAGACACAGCUCACCAGCAGGAGCAACCGCCUAUCGACCUCCCUCUCGCCAAAGAGUCUCCCCUCCAGCUAUCUACUCAAAGCAUCAGCAGCACAGAGCAGGAUACAUACCUGUAGCACCCUCACCAGGUAGAGUGUGGAAAUGCAUGUUUGCAAGGCGCAACAGCACAGCUCACCCAAAACCAGCCAAUUAUGCCAUGCUUUCUCAUGGCCAGGAUCACCAUUCAGUUAUGAGCAAGAGUCAGCUCUCUUAUUCUGCAUGCUGUUUUAGACACCAUUUUCCCUAGGAUGCUUUUCUCUACACACUAAACUUCGCUGCAAAAUGUGAAACUGCUUUGAUGCCUACAACUUUGCCCCACAUGUUGCUGAUGUUACCUCAUCUUCAUCCUUCAUUUAGACCAUCACUAUUAUAGAAAAUAAAUCUAUAUGCAAGGGAGAAAUGUUACAGAAUAACUGGGAGUAAUCUCCAUCAUCAUUUGAAUAUCUUAUUUGUUUGGUUUAGAGGUUGAUGAAUAGAUGAACACUGAGGUGUCACAAGCUUAUAAGUCUUCAUGCAAACUCCACACGGUUGAAUUCAGUCAGAUAGUGCUAAGCUGCAGUGAAUGUUAACAUCUGCUACAAACUCCUCGACUGUUGAUUUUUUUUGUUGUUGUUAACCAGUACUGUUCAUUGUGUCUUGCGUCUGUUCACUAGAUUUAAAAAGCUCCUUUCACCCACUAGAGGGCGGCCUUUCAUUUUGCAGUUGAAUUAUCAGUUAUUCUUUGCAUGAAAAAUGACUCAGAAUGAUUUGGAUUCACUUUAUUCAAAUACAGUGUGUUGUUUUGAGUUUAAAUGUAAUUAACCCAGAAUCUGUCUUAAGUUUUGUGCUUCGUCGUGCUGCAUUUGUACAAUUCUGCACAUUUUUUUCAACAUUAUUUACCAACAAAAUACAGAAUAUGACAUCCUGGAUGAUUUUACGUGCCUUGCACGUUUUGUGCACAAAUCAUCAGGAUGCCGUGGCGCAUGGGGCUUUUCUGUUUUGGGAUGUGUCUUAAGUCCGUAGAAAUGCUAAUCCUCCCAGUGCAAGGCACUUUCAGACACUUAUGAGCAGUGAUAACUCACGUUGGGUUGGCAAUGGAAAAGAGAACACUGGACAUUCCUCACUGUAUGACACAUUCCUGCCUUCUUUCUAAGCUAAUCUAUCUAAAAACUGCCUUUUGCCAAAUGUAAAUCUGUAUUAUAUAUGCAUUUGUUGAGUAAUUUGACAUCUUGGAAAGUGAAUGCAAGGAGAAUAAUUUUUGGGACUGACCAUACUCCUUUUAUUGCUCGAGUACCUAGUCAAAGCCAAGUCUUUGUACUAUGUUACUGCAGGGUUUUGUUUUCAUUUUUGUUUUGGCUAGAAAUCCCAAAGCAAUUCAAUUCAGUGCCAUAUUGUGGUGAUUAAUGAUCAACACCUGUGACCCUACAUACACUCUUUGUCUCCGUUUUAUUUUAUUUUUUCCAAUUUUAUUUGUCAAACCAUUUUUGGGAUCUGUAGCUUUUCUGGUUUGAAAAGAUGGCACAUUCAUCUGGAAAAUUGGGAGAACUGUUGGGAUUACAAGGCUGUUGUCCUCAGAACAUGGCAGACAAUCUUUUUGAUCACAGCCCAAUGCGGUGUUAAUUGGACAACUGACUUCUGGGAGGCUAUUUUAUGCAAUUUGUCACAACGGUAUAUUGGUGGGAUUUUUGACCUAUUGACAAACAAACAUUAAGUAAAAUGUGUUUGUGUGCAUUCAUUCCAUAUUAUCUGCUGCAAAAUCAGUGUACAGGUUAAUGUACCAGAAAAGCAAUAAUGUUUGAAUGGAUAACAAUUUUCAGAUGGUCUCUUUGACUUAGGGUUGUUUUUUUUCCCCAGUUGCUUUGUUACACACCUUCAUUUGUGGCAAUGCUCUAAUUUAAUGCUCAAUGUGUAGAUAUGACAUUUAUAAAAUAACACUUUGUUUCAAAUGAAAUGUAUUUUUCUGUCAAAAGCGGUCUAUUUUGUUCAGCAGCUAUACUACAGAGGGAACAAUUCUUAAUUAUUUGCAUUGCCGACCAGCAUGGAAAGUUUUAACACUAGAAAAAGUGUUUUGUUCCUAGAUAACAGGGGUUCUUUGUAGUAACUGCGUGCCAGUUAAAUUUUUUACUCUGGGGUCAAGAUUAGUAUUCUUUUGCUAUGUGCGAAUAACAAUUUCCAGAUAACAGUUACAGAAAAAAUAGAUAUGAAAAAAGACAAUGUAUUAAUUACUGGUGUGACUUAAAAAUAAAAUUUUGAUAUUG